CGAGAGUGGGAAUUUCAAUUUUGCCAACUCCACGACCUGGUUGUUGGUUGCCAAGACGUUGGAGCUGUGGCAGACACAAGCGCCCACAAGCACAAGCACCCACCACAUACACACAAGACACGAGUAGUGCUGCUGCUGGCUGGUGUCACGCAAGCGCAGUCGCGAGCCACACACCGCACCGCCGCCAUGACAUCCAUUCUGUGUCAGUGGCUGAACGAGGAUGUCCACCUUUCCUCCACAAUCGACGCUGACCGCUUCGCAGAGCAGUUCUCAAAUGGCUACCUGUUUGCAGAGUUGUUGACCAAGCACAACCUACCAUGUGACGUGCGCACCUUCUCCAAGUCAAAGUCUGCAGAGGCCAAGCUCAACAACUUCUUGAAGCUGGAGCCAAGCUUUCGCGCCCUUCGCAUCCCCUUUGACGCCAACAUGGCGCGGGACAUCAUGGAGGGCAAGCAUGGCGUGGCCAGUCGCCUCGCGUAUCAGCUCUUUGUUCAACUCAGCCAGUUCAAGUCGGGGGACUUCACGUGGAGCGAGAAGUUGCGGGCGGCGGGAACACAGCCGGAGCCGCACUUUGCAUCUACGCUGCGGCAGUCGACGAAGCGGCAGAUUGACCUCGAUCACAUGAGCAUUGAGGAGAGAUUCAAGGACAGGCAGCGCCAGCAGGAGGAGAAGGCGUUGCGUGCACAGCGCGCAGCGGAGCAGCAGGCACUCGCCAUCCGCAAGCAGAAGCACGCCGCCACACUUGAACGGUCGCGGGAGAUCAAGCGACAGUAUGAUGAGCGGGUGAAGCAGUUUGCCGGCCCCACGAAAUCCCGCAUCACCCAGCAGCGCAAGGGCCCGCCCGUCGCCACACUCAGCAAGUCGAUGCGGCAGGCGCACCUUGCCAACAAGGAGGCAGUGCGCCAGCAGCACCAGGACAUGGUUGACCUCACGCUCUUUGAAACGCGCCACGGCCUUCAUGAUGGCGACAGUGGCGAUGGCACCGGUGCGGACGACACCACCAUCGGUGUCCCGCCCACCGCCGCAGAUGCACAUGGUGGGCAUGUGUCGUCGUCGUCGCGAGCAGGGACAGGCCGUGGCAACAGGGGCACCACCACACCUCGCACCUCUGGUGGCAAGACACCAACCUCUAACACCAGCAACACCAGCAGCAGUCACCCGCGUCCGCCCAGUCGUCCGCGCACAGGGAGCGCUCGCCCGCGUGUUGCCUCUGCCCGCCGCAACCGGUCUGUGACAGACGACGACGACGACACUGCUGCUGCUUCUGCUGCAACAGGCGCGACAGAGACGGGCAGUGAAGGCGCAGGGCAUGACGACAGCGUUGCGCCGCUUGCAUCAGUGACAUCAUCCACGCGCGUGCAUGACGCAAUCGCGCGGCAGCCAAGACCCGUCACGUCUGCAUCCACAAUGAAGCUGUUUGACAACGACUUUGUCAACGCCGUUCGCUCCCGCAAGCGCGAGGAAGAGGCCGCACGAACGGAUCGCGAGCGGCGCCGGAAGCGGAUGCUGGUGGAACAGCUUGAACUGCAGAAUGAAAUCGCUGCGGAGAUGGACCGGCGGAUGGAGGAGAUGCAGCGGCGGCGGCAGUCGAACCGCGACGACCGCAUCGCCGCCCAGCUCACCAAACUCAAGGCUGAGAAGCUCCUCAUGCGUGAGAACAGGAUCCAGCGCCAGCGCGAGGCCCUCGAACGAAGGGAGAAGGACUUUGCAGCCGCGCUCGACAGAGAGGCCGAGUAUGCACGCAAGUUGAAGGAGGAUCACAGAGAGGAGCUGGAGCGAAAGGCGCAGAACCUCAAGACCCUCAAGGCGAAGAAGGCCGCUGCACAGCGCGCCCAGACAUCCAAGUUCUGCCGGGAGUCUGUGGAGGAGAUUGUGUCGCUCGCGCUGAAGAAGAUUGAGUAUUCGCACCAGUACGGCGGCAAGGAUGUGCCGAUUGCCACGUGGCUCAACUGGAAACAGCUCUUCAUCAAGGGGUUCCCGCUCGACGUCGCCGAGGACAGCGAUCACCAUGCCCACGACCACUUGGACGACUGCGAGCUCUUCCACUACCUCGACCUCGAGGGCAUUUGGGGAAGCGUUGCCAAGGAAGACGAGAAGGAACUGAAGUCCGAAGGCGACCCGAACGUGCCCAACCCCAUCCUGCAUCAUGUUGUCACGACCCUUGUUGACCGCACAUACCCAAACCCGCAGCCAUGGGAGCCAGCAGCCGUCCCUCACCACAAGCUCAGGUGCAUUGUGAGCUGCAAACCAUCCAAGGAGGUUGAAGACAUGCUGCACUCCAUUGCAAAGAAGCACAACGCCUCUGUUCUCGACGCACAACAGCAGGAAGAGAGCGGGCCGCAUUUGUCACUGCGUGCACAGCUCGGCACGCUGGCCCUGUCGCGGUUGUCCAAAGGCGAGCCUGUCGAGGACCGCGUCCUAUGCGCCAUUGUCGUCCACGGUAUUCGCCAGCUGGACCCAGCAAGCAGCGGCUGGAUCCUCUGCAACUUUCCCCGCACCAGGAUCCAGGCGGAGCUGCUUGAGCGGUGCCUGAGCGGUCGCGUCAUCACGAGUCGCCCGCCAACGCCGACGACCCACUUCCCGCGCGCUGACUCUCUCCUCCUCAAGAACCAGCAGUCACACACCACCAGCCACCACAACACGGCAAUUGGCGGCAGUGGUCACGGCAUGCAGUCGCACCCAACGGCAGCCAAGUCCGGCACAUCGCUUGGCGGUGCAAAGGCGUCAGCAGCGGGGCUGACGGGUGCUGGUGCUGCGUGCUCGUCGUCCUCACCCUCCACGACAUCAAUCGCAGACGGAAAACCGUUGGACAUUUCCCAGCGCAGCAUCGACUCUGUGAUUGUGCUUGACAUGAGCGACGAGGCCGUGCUCAACCGCGUGCUCGGCCGGCGCAUCGAUCCGGAAACCGGACAGCGCGUCCACAUUGAUGACGUGGAUGCGCUCCUGCACACGGAGGACGAUGCCGUGAGUCCGCACGGCAAGAAGAGCAUUGAUCUUCGCACGAGCAGCACGGAGGCCAUGAUGGACCCCUCUGCCUCGUUUGAGGACAGCCCGCUCAUCCGCCUGACAGAGGUGGAGGAUGGCGACCUCGCUGGCGACAAGGUCGAGCAGAUGGUCGCCACGUACAACGCAGAGGCGCCCGCGAUGCACGCGUGGUACGACCGCCACUUUGGCGUUGUGACGCACAUCAAUGGCAACGGCGCUGCCAGUGCUGUGGACAGCGAGCGCGGGGACGUUGCUGCUGCGCUUGAGAAAGCGGUGGUGUGGGCACUGGAGACGGAGGCGCGCGAAGCACAAGAGGCGUGGCAGGCACUGCACGCUGAGGAAGAGCGGGUGCAGCGCACGCUGUCGCAGCCCAUCAUCGCCGUGCAGGAGCAGGCCACGGUUGAGGCGGCUGUUGCUGCCGUGCACACGUCCUCCUCCCCGAAUCUCGCUGGCGAUGGCAGCGGUGGCGACAACACCAAGCCCAAGAGCGCCAGCACGAACAGCAACAGGGGCAGCGGUGACACGACGAGCAAGGCGGCGAGCGAGCGCGGGUCGUCUGCGCUUGGCGCGCCCAAGUCGCCGUCAGCUGCGAGGAAGAAGAGCGGCAAGAAGGGCAGUGGCUCGUCUCGCCCGGGGACUCGCGGUUCGCGCCCAGCCAGCAAGCGAGGCGGCCAGGACAAGGACAAGGAUAAAGACAAGGAUAAGGAUGGCGCUGCAACGGCUGGUGGUGCGAUGGGCGGGCAUGUUCCUGACGCAGACAAGCUGAAGCAGGAGGCCGGCGCCAUCAAGGCGGAGAAGACGCGUGCUGCCACGGAGCUGGCUGGCAGCGGCGGUGCCCUCCAUCGCGCCCGCGACGAGCAGCCGACGUUUGUUGACCUGACGGUUGAUGCUGAGCUUGCCAAAGGCCUGGUGCCGCUGUGGGACGUCAUGGAGCGCUGCUACGUCGGCGAUGUCAAGCAGAUGCUGCGCAAUCUGCGGCACUGCCGGCAGAACAGCUCCGAGUCGCUCUCUGCGCUCGAGCGCGAGAUUAUGGGCUUUCUCUCGCGGCCCGACGCGGCGCAGGAGUAUGUCAACAGCUGGCAGCGCGCCUUCAACGAGGUGCCGGACAAGCUGCGCGGGAACGAUGCCUGCAAGGCCGAGCUGUACCAGCGCGUUGAGGAGCUCAAGGAUGCGCUGUAUGACAUAUGCGACCAGCGGAAGCAGGAGGCGGAUGACCUGCUACAACAGCGCGCAAACGACCUGAUGACGGACGACCAGUGCAAUAUCGCGCUCAACGCGUUUAUUGGGCUGAUGCAGGCGGAGGUGGAUCGCUAUGUGCAGACGCAGCAGCUGCUCAGCGACACGUACUGCCACAUGCAGGGCAAGCUUGCGGACGACCUCGCUGCGAACCAGCCCACGCUGCCGCUCGUGGACAUGCACCACAAGCCCAACGAGCGCACGUCCGCGCGCACGAAGAAGAAGCAGCCAAUGGCUGACAUUGUUCCGCAGGAGAGCGGUGUGCCGCUGCAGCUGCGCCAGAGCAUGGACGAUGUUGGCGACGCGCUGGCGCUGACAACGGCGAUGACACUUGCACUUGAGGCGGUGCCGAAGCGAACGGAGCCCGCCGUUGUGCGGCAGGAGGCUGCGAGGGCGGCGGAGGAGGAGGCAAGGCGAAAGGCCGAGGAAGAAGCGGCAUCGAAGAAGAAGGGGAAGAAGGGGAAGAAGACGGCUGAACCCGAAGAGGUGCCCCCGCCAGAACCAACGGAGGAGGAGCUUGCAGCCAAGAAGGCGGAGGAGGAGCGAAAGGCGUUUGUCGCCGCAGCGGAAGACGAGCACUUUGCUGCCGCUGUCAUUGAGGACAGGCGGUUCCGUGCGCGGCUGCACCUCAUCCAGCACGUGGCGCAGGGCAUGCUGAAGCAGCUGCGAGAGCCCGCGUCGCAGAGCCUGGAGCGGCUGGAGCGGGCGAUUGGACAGCGGUACAAGAAGGAGCACGAGAGCGUGGAUCGCCUCUGUGCACAGGCGCGCAGUGCCAUUGAGGCGCAGGUCAAGAUUUAUCGCGAGCUCGUCUUCAUUGAUGCCAACUUUGACGUGAACCGGGAUGUGGUGCUGUCGCCCGUGCCGCGACCGCCACGCCCUGCGACGCCUGUUGAAACGGAGCGUUUUGACGAGUUUACAAUUGCGCAACUUCACGCCUUGCAUAAGGAGCUGUCGCUGAUUGCGCCGAGCGGGUUUAUCCCGCGUGACGACAUGGUGGACCUCAUUGACCGCCUUCGCCAGCAGCCGGCGUGCGCGGGUGCACUGCCGCCCAAGUUCACCACCAUCACGCGCAAGGACAUCGCGAGCGCCUUUGGCAAGUGCUACACCCCUGAAAGCGACUGGGUGGACUGGCGCAUGUUCCUGGUGGACAUGUGUGCCAUCCCAGAGCCGAAGACGGAGGCCCUCCUGCGCUCGUUUGCAGAGCUGUACGCCAUGAACACACACGGCACCGUGUCGUGGCUGCAGUACAACGCGGCGUGGCUGUGGUUCGCGCCACCACAGACCACCCCAACCGCAGAUGUGCACGCACCACGCGCGUUUGAUCGAGGUGCGGGCCUCAAGCGACUGCUGUUUGAUGUGUUCGCCGGGGACGCAGCCACGUACUUUGGGCGGGAGAUUGACUUCUUCACGCUGUUCACGUACAUUUGUCGCGGCAACAACGGGCGCACGGCGCUGAGCCGGGUGGCAACGCUGGUGUCCAUUGCAAAGGGGUGCACACCACUGCAUGAGGUGCAGACUGCACUCGCCCGCGCACUCGCCGCCGCAGGCAUCAACACCACGAGUGGUGAUGCAACAGAGGGCGGUGAUGGUGAUGGCGAUGACGAUGACGAUAGGAAUGGUGAUGCGAACACCACAGACAACAAUGGCAACGGCAGCAGCAGCGGUGUUGUUGUUGGCGGCGGCGGCAGCAGCAAGGACACGCUUGACGGCAGCGUGAGCACAAUGGAGGCGCCAACAACGCCGCUGCGAACCGUGCCGAGCACCCCGAAUGUGUCUGUCUCCACCUGGUCCCCAUCGAAGGACGGCGAGGAAGGCGGUAGUGACGGUGAUGGUGACGACAACAGCCACAAGGUCGAGAUUGAGGUGAUCCCGCAGUCUGAUGCUGGCGACACAGCACCAUCAACACCAGCGGCAGCGUCAACACCCGACGACAAGGACAAGGACAAGGACGCGGGCAAGACGAAACGCAAGUCCAAGUCCAAGUCCAAACCAAACGACGGCGAAGGCGACGAGGAGCGCGAGCUGUCGGCAUCGAGCGCCCGCAAGUCCAAGGGCCGCGACGGCAGCGGCAGUGCACGGUCGCGGCGCGCAUCGAUGAACCCGUCGUCUGCGCGCAAGGGCCUCAAGUCGCCAUCCCGCGGGGCAUCACGGCGCGGCAGCAAGAUCAUGCGCGAUGACGACAACAGCAACGCCGACGACGCAAACAACACGUCCAUCAGCAACAACGAGAGCGCCGAUGUGUUUGAGCUUGGCAAUGUGGACGGCGACACGUCUGCUUCGACCAUGCACGUGGAGGACGAUGUGGUGGUGCAGCUGCCAGUGCGCAUCACGUCGGAGGUGCUGCUGUCGCUGAUUGCUCACGGCGUGCGCGAGCUAGGGGACAUUGAGACGGACGUGACGCAAGCCGAGCACGUGGCUGGCGCUGUUGAACUGCACCAGAUGCUGUCGCUGACGGCCGACGAAGCGGAGGAGAUGAUUGCGUAUGUGCAGGCGGCACAGGAGCACCUGCGGGAGCAGCAGCGAUUGGAGGAUAAGGAGAGAGCUGAACGUGGCGAUGGUGAUGAUGAGGGUGAUGAUGAUGAUGAUGAUGAUGAUGAUGGCGAGAAUGAGCACGUGCGCUUUGCAGACGACGACAGCGCUAAGCAAGGCGGUCUCCGUGCAGGCAAGAAGACGAACAAACAGGAGGGGGGUGAAGUGCAGGGUCGUGGCGCUGAUGGCAACGCCCAUAUGGACGACGGCAGCGGUGACAAUGACGCGCAGGAUGGUGGUGGCGAUGAUGGUGACGGUGACAAUGAUGCUGACGCCGAUAAUGUUGUUGUUACGGCAGAUGAGCUCGUGUUUGGCUCGUCGGCGCCGUCCAUUCUUCUUCCGCUCCAGUCCAAGUUUGCUCGAUGCACACGACUCUAA